CCCUCUUCUCCUUUCUUGACCCUUUUACACACAUGAGAUCUAAUAUUAUGUAAGCCUUUCUACUGGAUCAGUAAUCACAUAAGGCAGAGACGUAUUUGUUUCCAUGGCAACAGCCUUUCGACGCCUGCAUUUGUGUCAGGUGACAGUUAAGUGCUGACAGUUAUUUAAAAAUAUGAACAAGACAAAAAAAAUAAUAAUGUGAUUAAAAAACUAUUUGGGGAAUUAUUUUGGCAAAACAAUUACUCCGAACACGAGCUGAGUGUAGUUUUAAUAAAUGAAUGUAAUAAAUCAGUUCGGGUUGAUUAUAAGGCUGUGAAGGCGUCCGUUUUCCUUUAAUAUGUCUGAAUCUGUCCUCAGUGGAGCGACAUCACAGAGCCGGGAAUUGUUACCACAGAAAGAGUACACGUUCCGGCUGUGAGUGCUGGGAGCAGUCACACACCCGAUCAUUCAGUAGUUGCUGUCUGUUCAUGGCGAGUAACACUAAACGGCUCUCAGAGCCCAGAAGCGAAAUGAGACGGAUUGUGAUGUCUGAAAUCCCAGCCGCUGAUAGGAAAUGGUUUCUCCCCGGAUGGAAAAUAGAAGCCGAAUAUUCCAACAAAGUGCUGAUCGGGAACUGGGCCGAGGAACGGCAAGAGUUUAAGAGAGGCUCGUAUUCCACGAAGGCCAGCUGUUAUAGAACGGACUUUGUCUCGUUCCCGAUGGACGGUUCCAGGGAGAUGCUGGGGAGCUUGAUUGUCAACAAAAUGCAGGGUCUGCCAAAGAAACAUCUGAUCACCCACCAUGGAGCACCCGACUCUAAAUACUUGGUAUCAUCAUACGACGAUGAUUAUUCCAGACGUGGAAAUUCGUCUUUGCCUCCGAUUCGGACUUUUAAUGGUCACCAAUUAGCUUGGGUUCCAGAGCGCUCCAGUUAUCCUACUGUAGAGCCACCCACCAACUAUGGUCUGAAGAAGGAGAAAGAAAUGCAAUGGAGAGAAAGUUCCUCCAAAGACGUGAGAAGCGUUUAUUCCACUUCUUACAAGAAUCUGCCGCCUUCUGCCUUUGCGGUCGCCCGCUAUGGAGUGGCUCCCCGCGCUCUGUCCAGUAAUAUGAACCAAAAUAACAACGUCAACAAGAGCUUACAGCUCAGGAACCAGAGACCUCUUCAGGUUCCCGACUAUCCAGCGGGGAGAACCAAGCGCAGCACCGUGACCAAGUUACUACCUCUGCGUCAGAAACCACUGACCGCCGCGGAAUAAACGACCCCAAGGCUUUGGGGGAUAUACUUGUGUUUUGUUAGUUUAAGAAACAUAAUAAACUGAUCU